GGAGAGGAGGGUUGCACAGAAAGGGGAAAUUUCCAAGAAAAGCAGGAUCUGCAGCAAUAUCUGCACCUCGGAUAAUGAGGAGAGGAACCUACAGGCAUAAACAGCCUGGAGACGGCUGAAAUCUUUGCCGAGGAGAUUCGGACCGUGGGGUUAUUUUCUACCUGCCUCCCCUGCCCAGUUCUGUAAUCCUGGCUCAAAGUAGACAAGUCGAGUUGGAGCUGAAGAAGGGAGGCGAUGACACACCUCCCGAGGACACUGGGGACGUCGGGUUUUGCUGAGCUUAGCAUCUUUUCACCGUCGUACCGGAGGCAUCAGACAGACGCUCAUCUGCCCUGAAGUGCAGAUCUGCAACAGCUACCGAGAAGACUCUGUCUCUCUGUCUCUCUGUCUCUCUUUCUCUCUCUCUCCAGUCCAAACCAUUACAAGACCUGACUUCCACCAUCUGGGAAUCUAUCCCUUUUAUGUCCCUUUCUCCUUUUUCUACGAUGACUCACCAUUAUUUUUAACUUUGAAGAGAGAGGAAAUUAUGGGGAUCUUGGAAGCCUGUAUUUCUCUCUAGGAUUUCCCCAGGGUCAGAUAAUCGGUGUUACUAAGAGACACUAAGAUUUGGCUUCUCCAGGGGUGAUUUUCUUUCCUUUUUUUUUUUUAUUUUCUCUUUUUUUCUUUUUUUCUUUUUUUUUUUCCCUUUAUCUCAUCCCUUCGCCUUUUCAUGAGACACUUCCAAACCUACGUACCUGUCCUUCUGCAGGAUAGUAGCCCUGCCCUGAAUCCGAUCCCAUCACUGGGCACUGGAAAGAGUUUAGCAUAAGGAUUUCUUUUAAACCCCAAUAUGACAGUUGCUACUGGAGAUCCUGCAGACGAAGCUGCAGCUCUUCCCGGUCACCCGCAGGACACGUAUAACCCUGAGACCGACCAUGAAUGCUGCGAGAGGGUGGUCAUUAAUAUUUCAGGUCUGCGCUUUGAGACACAGCUCAAGACGUUAGCCCAGUUUCCAGAGACCUUACUGGGGGAUCCUAAAAAGAGAAUGAGAUAUUUCGACCCACUCCGGAAUGAGUAUUUCUUUGACCGGAACAGACCCAGCUUCGAUGCGAUUUUGUACUAUUACCAGUCUGGUGGGAGGUUGCGGAGGCCAGUUAACGUGCCCUUAGAUAUCUUCUCAGAAGAGAUUCGUUUUUAUGAACUGGGGGAAGAAGCAAUGGAAAUGUUUCGGGAGGAUGAAGGCUACAUCAAAGAGGAGGAAAGACCGUUGCCUGAGAACGAGUUUCAGAGACAAGUGUGGUUGCUCUUUGAGUACCCCGAGAGCUCAGGCCCUGCCAGGAUUAUAGCUAUUGUCUCCGUUAUGGUGAUUUUAAUCUCCAUCGUCAGCUUUUGCCUGGAAACUUUGCCCAUUUUUCGGGAUGAGAACGAAGACAUGCACGGCAGCGGGCUGAGCCAUCCCCCCUACUCCAACAGCAGCAUGGGGUACCAGCAGUCCACCUCUUUCACAGACCCCUUCUUCAUCGUGGAGACACUUUGCAUCAUCUGGUUCUCCUUCGAGUUCUUGGUGAGGUUUUUCGCUUGCCCCAGCAAGGCUGGGUUUUUUACCAACAUCAUGAACAUUAUAGACAUCGUAGCCAUCAUUCCCUAUUUCAUCACCUUAGGGACGGAGCUGGCCGAGAAGCCAGAGGAUGGUCAGCAAGGCCAGCAAGCCAUGUCCUUGGCCAUCCUUCGAGUCAUCCGCUUGGUGCGGGUCUUCAGGAUCUUCAAACUCUCCCGGCACUCCAAGGGGCUGCAGAUCCUGGGGCAGACUCUCAAGGCCAGCAUGCGGGAGCUGGGCCUCUUGAUAUUUUUCCUCUUCAUUGGCGUCAUCCUCUUCUCCAGCGCUGUCUACUUUGCCGAGGCCGACGAGAGCGAGUCCCAGUUCCCAAGCAUCCCCGAUGCCUUCUGGUGGGCUGUGGUUUCCAUGACGACUGUUGGCUACGGAGACAUGGUCCCCACCACCAUCGGGGGGAAAAUAGUGGGUUCCUUGUGCGCCAUCGCUGGCGUAUUAACGAUUGCCUUACCCGUGCCCGUCAUAGUGUCUAACUUCAAUUACUUCUACCACCGGGAGACAGAGGGAGAGGAGCAGGCUCAAUAUUUGCAAGUAACCAGCUGCCCAAAGAUUCCCUCUUCCCCUGACCUAAAGAAAAGCAGAAGUGCCUCUACUAUUAGUAAGUCUGAUUAUAUGGAGAUUCAGGAAGGCGUAAACAAUAGCAAUGAGGAUUUUAGGGAGGAGAACUUGAAGACAGCCAAUUGCACCCUAGCUAACACAAACUAUGUGAAUAUCACCAAAAUGCUAACCGAUGUCUAGUCGCUAAAAUCUAGCCAUGUAUUUAAAGCUGAAGUGGAACAAUUGCAGAUAUUGAGUGCUGCUCUGCAUUGUAGUUAAUACAGUAUUUUCUACGGUGUAUAUUUGGUUCUGCAUGGGAAGCAAUAGCUGUGUAAGUGACUUUUAACCUUUGAUUUCCACACUGAAUAAGCGUUCGUGUGAAAAACAAAACAAAACAGAACAAAAACAACCCAACAAACCAUUUUGUUUCCCUUCUCCCAUCCCAGGCUUUUGGGUUUCCAAAGAUACGGAGCAGUUGAGCAUUUCCAGCAAUGGGAUGGGGAUGCAGGGGGGCAGCUCCGGGCCGUCCUGGGGGACCACAAACAUCGGUCCCUGCCGGUGUGGACCUGGGGAGCAGCCAGCUUCCAGCCAUGGGGAACGACUGGGAAAGGUCAGGUAGAGCUUAAUGAAGGGAAGAUGCAGUCCCGUGUCCAAAUAGCUUGAAGGCUCGGGUUUCCGUCCCAGGAAUGCCAAGUGCGAACGCAUCGCCCAGGCUCAUGUUUCAUAACUGAAAAUGCUGCAUGCUGCAAUAGUUUCAGCCACUGCAGUAUGCCAGUGUGAGGCCCAGGGGAGGGAUAAUUAGUAUGACAGCACAUUAUUUAUUAAGUCUUAAAUUUUCCAUGCUAGGCAUCGGGAGAGAUGAGUAAAUAAAUCAAGAGCUUGGAUUUUUAUUUAUUUAUUAAAAUGACACUUCCAUCACCCAUAUUUCCAGGAUCACCAAAGACAUCUCCACUGACACACUGAAAAUGAGUUGGAAAAAGCAUCUUUUUUUAUAUCCAUAUAUAAAACUGGAGCAACUAUGCUGUGGCCUACAAUAUAUUUAUACUGCAGUGAAAUUUAACCAGUAAUACAGUACAGUUGCAUGGAUCUUUGUUGCAUGAAUCUGAAUAUUUAAUACACACACAAAUAUAUAUUUUCUUAGUAGACUAUACAAUAUUCAUGUUUAUAGUGUUUAUAGAUUCUCCGGUGGCUCGAAGGAGAUUCCUGGGAGUUCCAAAAAUCUCCAUUAUAUUUAAAAACUGGAUGGAGAAGGAUGUGCUGACCGCAGUUUGAUAGAUAACAAGAAAAAGCCUGAGUGUCCGAGCAUCCAGACAUGAGAGCCGACUAAUGCAAGUGAGGGAAGGUGAGCUGAAAGUUAAACACCUGCACUCAUUAUGGGGCAAGUAAUUAGUCAUUAAUCUUAGUGUCAUGAACAGAAACCACCGCAAAUCAGAGAGGGCACGAGGAGCAGGUGGAAUAGCAAGUAUUGGCUCUCCUGGCUUGUUUGUUCAGCAGUUUUCAGCCAUUUCCCAUAUAAUUAUGUGUGUGUGUAUAUAGAUAUUUAGAGAGUGAGCACAGGGUUGAAUUCUCAGCAGAUGUGAGCGUUUGGGGCGUCAGGGGCUUCCUGGCUCAGGGGUGCUGGGGCAGUGGGACAUGAUCUGGAGCAGGAUGACCUGCCCUACAGGGUCACCAGAGUGUGUUUCAGGCUGCAAAACUCCUUUUCAACCAUGAGUUGGUGGUUUGUUCCUUUAGAGUGGAGAGGGCGUAUGCUGAGGGUGGGCUGGAUUUGAGCUGGCACCUCUGAGCCUUUGCUUUGCCUUCUUCCAGGGUGAGGCGAGUUGAAGAUGCAGAGAAGUUGUCUCUACAUCUUCAUCCCUGGUGUUAUCUGGUGGGAACUGUCAGUCCAGGGGGAAUCUCAUUUGCUUUCCUCACCCCUUUCUGGAUUUCCUUGUGUCUUCCUCUCAUUUCUGACAAUCCCUGGGGACAGGCGUCCUGUUCCUCUGCCAGAUUACAGGAGAGGGGUGCAAACCUCUUCUGAGGUCAUGGCUGAGCAAAACCUCCCUGGGGUGCAGGAUGGGGUCCAUCAGCCUGUUGAAUUUAGGGUGAAUUUGGGCUGAACUGGGGCACUGUCCGUGCCGUACCACUGCGGUGAAACAUGGGCAUGAGGAGGGAAUCCCAUUGCAGAGCGUGCAAGGGAGGUCAAGCAAACCCUUCCAGAGCUCAGAAAGGAAACUCACACUAAUAACAAUAAAAUAAAUGGUGGUAGCAUAUUCUACAGCAAUGGUUCAAAAUGCUGCUUUAAGGCCAGAUCCAUCUCUUGUGCUGAUGUGGCUCCACUUGUCCAGGUGGAAUCACUCUCGAUUUUUACUUUAUGAUUGAUUGAUCCAGGCCUGGGUGUAAUUAAUACCAAGUGUCCAUGGUUAGACCAUGAGAGUUCUGGCUUCUGCUUGGUGCAGAGGACCAGCAGCACAGGUGUGUUGGGUUCCAAAAGCAUCCAGCACCGAGCAGCAUAGGACCCUGGUCUGUGUUUAAUUACAUAUCAUUAUAUCAGCAGCCCUCUGCCGCUGCAGCUCUGAAAUGGGUGCCCCUGUUAACAUCUUAAACACACACAAAAAGAAGCAAUGCAACUGAAAGCAAUAAAUGUCUCCUUCUGAAACUCAUCCUGUUGAAUGGGAUGGGGCUGACAUGAGCCACCAGCUCGGGCGUGAUUCCCAGGGUGGUUGGCCAGCUUCCAUUGAUCUGGCUCGUGGUGGGUUCCUGGGCAUGUCAGCUUGCACGAGGGAGCUGCCUGAUGUGCCAGGAUGCUGCCCGCCCACCCGUGGGUGCCACCAGCACUCGGUGAUCCCAUCCCUGGUGUGUGGAAAAGCACUGAGACUAAAGGGAAGUUGCUGCAGGUUUUAGGGGAAGAUGCUGGCAUUCAAAGAGGCUCUGCAAAGCGCCCCGGGUGUUUCAUGCCUACGGGCUUUGGAUGACUUGGGGGGAGCAUUUGGCAAAGUAUUGGGUGCCUCUUUGGAGUGUGAGAACCGUUGUAGCUUGGUAAGGAGGAAGACUGUGUAUUUUUUGGGGAGCUGUUGUUUUUGGUAAGGUAUCCCCGUGGGCUUUCAGAGGCUGAGCAGGAGGGGAGAGCAGGUCUGUGAGCAGGAUGAGGCACAUCCAAGCCCGCUCACCAAGCUGGGCGAUUGCCUUGGGAGGCCCAGAGCCGCAUCACGGGGAUGGAUGGCAGCCACAGAGCAAGAGGGCACACUCCUCAUGUCAUCACCAAUGUGUGCUGACAUCUGUCAUCACAGAAGGGGCCACCAAGAUCAGCCCCUUCCUUAGGACGAAUCCUGCACCUCUUCAGUUGACCCAGGCAGAUGUUCCUGGGGAAAACCACCCUUGGUGGGAAAGCGUCUCUGCUGCUCCUGGCACCAUGCUUGGAAAAUAAGAAAAGCACCAGAUAAGCACUUGGAUUCUCAUUCAGGGCAAAACAAGGUCUGUGGGGGCCGUGGCUGGAAGUGAUCCCUCAGGCUGCGUGAGGUAGAAGGGUCCAGUUUUCUUCCCCACGCAGAGAAAUGGUUCCCUUAUAGUUUUAAUGGGAUUUGUGCCUGCAGGUCAGAGCUCUAGUGCUAUUUCUAGCUUUGCUUCUGACUCACUGAUGUGAUCUUGAACCAGUUUUCAGGAGGAGACUGUGAUUUUUCUUUUUUUUUCUUGUGGAGUUUGGUUGGAGAAACUCUGGUCCUGUGUCUGCAGAGAUGCUGAGCAUCUAAAACUCCCCUUCGCACUGAAAGGGUGCAAAAAAUGAGCUGCAAAGUGGCUCAGACUGAGGAUGUUACAUCGGGGACUAGGGAGGGUUAGAAUCCCACCAUCCAUGUUAGAUUGCAUCGGGCCACCUAAUGUACGUGUUCUUGGUUCCUUUCCUCCUCCUGCGGAGCUGUUUGCCUCUCUCCAGGGGUGGGAUGGAGGACAGAAGCUCUUUGGUCUGUGGAGGUGCUCCAGGGUUGGCAUCCAAGGGAGGCAGCACCUGUAUUUUAGUUUUAUCCUCUGUGUUGUGGUUUUGAAGAGAUGGAAAGUGAUGAUUACAGCAUAAGUUGUCUUCUAACACCCAACCACAUGCCCAAGCCUACAUGCAACCCAUCAGCCCUUUAAUAUCUUCCAAAAGCUCUGCUGAUGGCAAUAGGGGUGAGGCUGGACACUACGGAGUGAUGAGGGCAGAUGGGAAAAAGUUACCUGUGUGGAGAGAUGUGUUUUAUCAGGAACAGUUAUCUCUUCAGCGAUGGUUUGUGUCAAAGUCCUACAUAUUUGAAUACUGAGCUAUAUGAAGAAAACGAUCUCUAGGUUGGUGUUAUGAGAAUGUAGCACGUGGGUGUAUAAAUAUGGGCAUAUUUGUGCAUAAAUACACAGAAGGAGAGAAAAAGACAGAGGAGGAGGUAUUUCAGGAAGGGCCUUGCUUUGUUAUCAGAUAAUUCCUGGGUCAGCCCUUGAAAUCGCUGCCAAAGUCUUGUAGCUUUUCCAGCGUUUGCAAUCCACUUGGGGAUGGGUCCAAGUGAAGGAGGAGAUCUGGAUCUGGCCUUGGAAGUGGGUGUACCCUGAGGGGCUGGUGGCAUCCAGCUCCAUGCACUCCUCUGCAAACCCACAGCUUUGUAACCUCUCAGGUCUGGAUCCCUAAUCAAUGACUUGGCCCUAUCACGACUGUUUCUGUGACUGUGUAGGCGAAGCCAAGUAGAAGUUGAAGGGAUUUGGUUGCCACGCAAGUGCUGUGCAGCACUGGGUGGGGGUAUUCAGGUGUCUUUUUCUGUGAUAGGUGGAUUUUAUGUCCUCGGAACCAUGCUGGCUUUGGGUCCCAGGGUGAUGGCAAGAAGCACCGACCUGUUUUAGACCUGCAGUGUGUUUUCUCUCAGGGUGUGCAUCCACAGGGGGAUCCCACAGGUUUCUUUUGUCGGUGGGAGCCGGUCAGCAACGAUGCUAAGACUAAAGGGGUUUGAGGGGCGAGGAGAGGAGGAGUUGACCCAAAAUUUAUUUCAUCUUUUGCACCCAAAAAAAAGGCUGUGGCUCCCUCCUCUCCCCCUUUGGCAGCAUUAAACCUCCUUCAUGUCCAGUGCAUCCCUCAGUCCCUCCCAUAGGAGUCUGAAGGGUGGGUGAAGUCCCAUCCAUGCGCCAGCCACCAUCCUG